GUUUCAUUUGUUUUUUUCCACAUUUUUUGAUUCAAAACAAAGAGAUGUUAAAAAACUUGAAAUAAACAAAAAAUGACAAAAAAUCGUUAAAAGUUAAUCUAAAAACAAAUAAAAAAUGUUGGAUAAAUUAAAUAAACCUGCCAAAAUGAAUCCAAAUGAUAUUGUUCAAUCACCAGCUCACAAAAGACUUCGUAUCGAUAGUUGCAAUUCACCAAAAUCCAAUACAACACUCCAUGAACCAUUUUCAUGGCCCGACAGUGACGAGGAUAGUUUCCUUUCUGAUAUCAAACUAUCUAACGAACUUAAUGAAUCCAAAACUCAACAAGAUUUAUUUACCAACGAUGGUCAUGAUAGUUUAUUUUCUGAUAUUAAAAUCGAUGAUAUGGCUGGUCCAUCAUCAAAUAAUGACGAUGAAACUUUGAAAGAAUUCGAUGAUAGUCUAUUUAAAGAUAUUGAACCACCUUGCAAUGCAUUUAGACAAAGUGAAGAUUUGAUGAAGUAUUUCGAUGAUGAUAUUGUUGAGGAUUUGAAUGUACAAAAUACUCAAAAGUUUCUAGAUGAUAUUGCCUUUAAAGUUCCAAAGCAACCAGUUACUUUGGGUCUAAAAGAGCAACUAUCUAGCUCUAUAGCUCAUCAUUUUGAUAUGACAAAUUUUAUGCAAGGGACUCAAUAUGAGACUCGUGAGGAAAUUAAAAAUCGAACUAUUGGAGGAGCUGCUGUUGGCAGUUCCUUCAGACAAGAUGAACAACAUCUUUCGGCUAUUAACUGGGAAACUCAGGGUUUCCCAGAAGAUCAGCCGAUUGAUGAGUUCCCAAGUCGUGGAGACUUUUAUGGACUUCCUGGCAAUGUUAAAAAAAUGAUAUUUGAGCAUAAAGGGAUUAAAAGUUUGUAUGAAUGGCAAGAUGAGUGUCUGAAUCUUCCAGCUAUUCGAAAGAGAAAGAAUCUCCUUUACGCAUUGCCAACAAGUGGUGGUAAAACUCUUGUAGCUGAAAUUCUAAUGUUGCGUGAAAUUAUUUGCCGCGAGAAACAUGUCCUCUUUAUUCUGCCUUAUGUGUCUAUCGUGCAAGAAAAAGUUAGUGCAAUGGCACCAUUUGCACUAGGUUUAAAUUUCAUUGUCGAAGAGUAUACCGCUGGCAAAGGGAGAUGUCCCCCACCGCCACGAAAGAAGCGAAGGUGUAUUUUUAUUGGAUCAAUUGAAAAAGGUGCCGUUUUGUUUGAUAGUCUAAUCGAAGCUGGAAGAGCCAAUGAAAUAGGACUUGUAGUCGUGGAUGAGUUACAUUUGAUUGGAGAAAAAGGUCGAGGAGCUACUUUAGAAGCUUUUCUCACCAAAGUUAUGUACAUUAACGCCAGUAUACAAAUUGUUGGAAUGAGUGCUACAAUUGGUAAUUUACCCGAAUUGUCUGAUUUUCUUGACGCUGAUGUUUAUACGAGAGGAUUUCGUCCUGUAGAAUUGAAAGAGUAUAUCAAAUGCGGAUGUGAUAUUUUAGAAAUCAAUACAGCUGGUUCUUGUUUAGAAGAAAUUUUUGUUUAUAAAAGAACUGUUAAUUUUAAGUAUAGUGCCCAAGUUGCUAAAUCCGAUCCUGAUCAUUUGGCCGGUUUAGUAUCAGAAGUUGCACCAAAAGAAUCCUGCCUAAUAUUUUGUUCAACUCGUAAAAAUUGCGAGAAUGUAGCAGUACUAUUAAGUCGAGUUUUACCAAAAUCAAAAUUUAUCGAAUAUCGAAAGAGCGAAAAAGCCGAUUUAAUGGAUGCCCUUGACAAAAUUUGUGGUAUUUUAUCGCCAAUACUCGAACAAACUAUACCCUACGGCAUUGCAUAUCAUCACUCUGGCUUGACCAUUGAUGAAAGAAAAAUGCUUGAGACUGCUUAUCGAAUUGGUACAAUAAGUGUGAUAUGCUGCACAUCAACCUUAGCAGCUGGAGUUAAUCUACCAGCAAAACGUGUCAUCAUUCGAGCUCCAUAUGUUGGAAUGGAAUUCAUGAACUUGUGUAAAUACAAACAAAUGGUUGGUCGUGCCGGUCGCGCUGGAAUGGGUGAUGCUGGUGAAAGUAUACUCAUAUGCGCUAGCAAAGACAAUAUUCGUGUGGGUGAAAUGUUAUUUUCUCCCAUGGAUAAAGUUUUGAGUUCACUAGAUCAUAAUGAUGGUAUUGGGCUACAGACACUUAUCUUGAGUUCUAUUGGUUUGGGACUGGCUGAUUGCCUGCAAGAUUUGAUAAAUCUGAAUAAGAAUACAUUGAUGUCAGUACAAAGUGAAAAGUCGGGAGUUUCAGUGAGAGCUUUGAUCACAUCAAUUUUGAGACAAAUGUUUAAACACAAAGUAUUACAGUUAAAAGACACAACCAAGGGAUCUUCACCUAAUAGUUCUGAUAUUCUAACAACUCAGGAAAUGCGAGAGACUACAAGUGCUAAUUUAGUAAAUAAUCCUCGUCAGCUUGUUCUUUGCAAAACUACACGAUUUGAAUUGACUACUAUUGGCAAGGCGGCUUUCAAAGCAGGAAUUGAUUAUAAAAAGACAAAUUUGAUGUAUAAAGAACUGAAAAAUGCCCAAAAAUCGAUGGUACUUUCAAAUUAUUCACAUUUGUUGUACCUUGUAGUGAGUUUUAAUUCCAGUGAAAACGGAGAAGGUUUAUUCACUGUCAAUCCAUCGGUUCUGUUCAGGGAAUAUACAAAAUUAGAUGAGAACACACAAUGUUUGUUUAAAGUUCUUGGCAUAACUGAAGCACAUGCAGCUAAAAUGGCCAAAACUAUGUCAACCAAAGGUCCAAUGGAAGUUCAGUUAAGUCGAUUGUAUAAAGUUUUAAUUUUGCUGGAUGUAUUAAAUUUAAUGCCAUUGCAUUUGGUUGCAACGAAAUUUUCCGUUGAGCGUGGAAUGUUGCAAACACUGGUUAAUCAGUCAGUAGCUGCAGCUAGUGCACUUGUUCGACUUUGUGAACAAGUUGAAGAAUUCUGGUGCUAUAAGCCGUUGUUUGAAAAAAUAAGUGGCAAGAUGGAUCGAUGUGGGACUCUGGAGUUGGAACCGUUGUUGGAUUUGCCAGCUGUUAAAAUUAAUAGAGCAAAACAAUUUUAUACUGCUGGUUUUAAGACUAUUGAAGAUAUUGCUAAAUGCAAACCUAUGCAAUUAGCUAAGAAAAUCGAACAUUUGAGUUUCAAAGCUGCAAAGGAAAUUAUUUCAGCUGCAAAGUUGAUUUUAAUGAAAAAACUAGACACCUUACAAGAAGAAACCGAAGCUAUUUUAAGUUGCUUUAAAAAUGAUGACAAUGAUCUUUUGCCGCAAGUGACCUAAACUUUUAAAUUUUAAUAUUUUGCACUUACAUAUACUAUUUAUGACUAUUUAAGAAUUACAUUAUUUACCUAUUUUUAUUUA